AUGGCUGCCGGCGAGGGCGACGAGUCCACCCAGACAAACGACGGCGGCAUCCUCCCGGCCAACUUCGCCGAGAUCAGCCUGCUGAGCCUCCCCGAGGUCCACGCCCGCUUCGCGCUGAGCCCCACGGACGUCCUCGUCGCGAGCUUCCCCACGUGCGGCACCACCUGGCUCAAAUCCCUGUGCUUCGCCACCGCGCGCAGGUCCUCGCACCCGCCGCUCGACUGCGGGCACCCACUCCUCCGCCACAACGCCCACGACUGCGUCAGGUCCAUCGACACCCUCCGGUUCCUGCAUGGCGACGAUGACGGCGAGGCGCCGCGCCUCCUCUGGACGCACCUGCACUACUCCCUACUCCCGGUGCGCGCCACGGCGGACGACUGCUCCGUGUGCCGGAUCGUGUACGUCAUCCGAGACCUCAAGGACACGCUGGUCUCCCUCUGGCACUUCAACUCCGGCGUGGUGGCGACGACGCCAAGGGCGCGCCACUGCCGGAAAAGACCAAGUUUGAGGAGUCAUUCGAGCUCUUCUGCUAGGGCCGCUACGGGCUGGGUCCGCAGUGGGAGCACGCCCACGAGUACUAGGAGGCGAGCAUGCGGCGGCCUGGCAGCAUGCUGUGGCUCAGGGCGUCAGCAAUGGUAUGAGGGGAUGCUGCGGGACGCGGCGGGCAACCUGAGGAAGAUCACGACGUUCAUGGGGUGCCAGGGGUGA